UUCUACUGUAUCACUUGACGAUGAAGAACGAUAAAUAAAACUCAGUAGGGCCUAAUGGAAGUGAUCUAUGUGGAGACAAGUAAAAUAUAAACAACUUUGAAUCAUAAACAUCUACUACAACUACAAGAUUAAAUUAUAUAUGGAUUCUCCUGAUUCCGAAUAACCGCACCAAUGAAUUAUCCCAUUAUCCCCUACUCUCCAAUUAUUAUAGAUACUACUUGUAAAAACCUUUGGUAUUCAGCAUUGCAAUGUUUCUGUAGCAGUGAUAACUGUAGGGGGCAUGUUGAAAAAAAGUUACAAGAGCUUUGGAGAGGCCCCAGCAAUCCCAACCAUGUCAUGCCACUGCUAUCAGUGCGAACUGGAUUUGACUUGUUUCUUAUGGUAAAAAAAUAUCCUCCAGGAUCAGAAAUCAUCAUGUCAGCUAUAAAUAUUCCUGACAUGUGUGAGAUAGCAAGGAGCCACGGACUGAUCAUCAUUCCUCUAGAUAUAAGUAUAGACACAUUAGAACCAAAAUUAGAACUAUUGCCAAAGUUAAUCACUGCUAAAAGUGUUGCUAUAGUUGUUGCUCAUUUGUAUGGACGCCUUAUCAACAUGGAUCCAUUUAUUGAUAUAGCAGCACAACAUGGUUUGGCAGUUAUUGAGGAUUGUGCUGAGUCAUUUUGUGGUUUUGAAAAUAUAGGUCAUCCUUCUGCAGAUAUUUCUUUAUUUAGCUUUGGAGCUAUAAAAUUUUACACUUCUUUAGGUGGCAGCAUAGCUAAAAUUAGGGAUAUUGAGAUGUAUGAAAAGAUGCUUAGUAUUCACAUGUCUUAUCCAGUUCAAAAAGCAGAUAUGUACUUUAAAAAAGUUAUGAAAUACAUUUUUAUUUAUUCUUGGCUUCAAGUUAAACCUCUUCCAUUAAUUGGAAGGAAAGUUUUGAAUCGUUUUGGAGUUGACUACAAGUCAAUCUUUGUGAAAUGGAUGCGCGGGUUUCCUGACAAGAUGAUUGAAAUGAUUCGAUGGCAGCCUAGCACAGCACUGCUGUUGACAAUGUUGCAUCGUCAUGAAAGCUUUAAGCAAACUGAGUUUAAUUUACAGAGGUUAAAGGCUGUUUAUCUGUUGAAUAACCUCCCGGAAGGUUAUGAUCAUGUUGGAUUAGCUACUAAAGUCAAUAAUUUCUGGCUGUUUCCUGUAUUAGUGGAAGAGCCAGAUACAGUUGUAGGCAUCUUAAAUGUCUUAGGUGUAGAUGCUUAUCGUGGGGCAACACAACUGAACAUCAUUGAGCCAGAAAAUAAAGAAGAACUGAAGACAUUUUUUGCUGAAGAAAAAUCCCCUCUGAACGCAUGUUAUCCUCAUGAAGCCAAGUACUUAAUUGAUCAUGUUAUUUAUCUUCCUGUGAACAAGUUCAUACCAUUCCAAGACAUUGACAAAAUGAUUAAAGCUUGUAAUGUUGCUUUAAAGGUGAUAAAAUCUGUAGAUAAAAAGCAUUUCCAUCCAAAAUCAAAACUCUUAAAAUCAAAGUUAUGAUUGUUUAUCAAUGUAUAUUAAUUAGUGGUUGCGGUUUGUAAAAAAAAUAUUUAUCAACAUGAUUGUUUUAUAUAUGUUUAAAAACAAACUAUUUUUACUCUUAUAGAAUAUUCAUAUUAUGUAACCUGUUACAGUGAUUGUACAUUACUCAAAAUCUCAAGUUAUUAUUUAUUCAAAGUGCUCAUUAAUAGAUUGCUCUCUCUAUAUAUAUAUUCAUUACUGCUGUUAAAUCUUGUUUUUCGCCUUGAUGUUGACUAUAUAUUUAUAUAUUAUUUUAUACUAUAUUCACUUUUCUACCCAAUUGUAAUGAAUAAUUACAAUAAAAUUAUUUGCCAAAAUUAACAUUUUGAAAAAAUUUAAUGUUACAGUACAGCUUUCAGUGCACAGCAUGUAGUAAUUUGUUACUGGCCUUAUGACUGAAAUGUUUGUAAUGAAGUCAAAAUCUAUUUUAUUUUAUAUUGUUGUGAUUAUUUAUGUUUCUGACACAAGUAUAAUAUCCAGGGCUUGUUGGGGUUUUUUUUUGUUAAAAUUGCAAUUUGAAUUAAUUUAAAAAUAUAUUUAUUAAUAUUUAAUAUGUAAAUAUAAAAAUAAAUCUUUUUCUUAUUCAAGAUUCUUUUUAAUGAUUUAAUGUGAAGGAUGUAUUCCUUUUUGAAAAUAAUUUUGUACAUGUUUUAUGGUACUUUUGAAUAUCUUUUAUUUCAAAAACCAAUUUUAAAAAAUAAGAUCUGUACUUUUUCUCUCACUACAACACAAUAGGCACCCAGCUGUUCUGUUUUCAUAAUAGUUGCAGGUCUACUUUAGUAGGUCUACUUCACUCAAACUUUUAAAAAAUAAAUAGAUGGGUAGAGGCAAAAAAAUUUAAAAGAUCAAGGCCAAAAUAUUUACUUUUCAACUGUCUAAUGACACUAAACAUGUCACAUAAAAGGGCAUGGCAGUAAAUAAAUAGUUUUAAAAUUAAAUACCAAGACUCAUUUAUUAAAAAUACUAAACUGGAACAGUGUUAUUUCUCUUAAGUUUAAUCAAACAAAAGCAUAAAAUAGUGCUUGUUUUAAUAUAAUUAAUUUUAAUUUGUUUCCUUAUUUCUGUAUGGUUGCAUUUUAUUUUUACUAUAGUCCUUAUACAACAACAUGUAGUUUUUGCACAGUAAAAAGGUAUCAAGUCUGUAGGUUUUUUUUUUUUGCUGAUUGCAGUUCAAUACAAUGGUGUCAAGGGAUAAAUAAAACAGAAAUUGAUCAUGCUAA